AUGAGCACCCUCGCUGAAAAAGUUGACCAAACGACAAUUUAUAUUCAACCGAUUCAUUUUACACUUGCGAUGAUCACAAAUCUAUUGAAUAUAUGUGUUCUAUCCACUCGAACACUUCGAUCAUCAGCAUGCACUCAUUACUUUCUCACUUUUUCGUUUUCAAGCAUUCUUUACACAUGUAUUCUAUGUCCAACACAAAUCUUACGACGUUACUCUAUCCUCUGGAUCAACACAUCUGUUGGCUGCAAAUUAAACCCUUAUCUACUAUUUGUUUUACCUAUGCAAGCAAAUCUAAUGCUUAUUCUAGCAGCGUUCGAUCGCUUUUGUUCAAGCUCAACAUCAAUCAAACUUCGCGCAAUCAGCAACGUUCGAAUCGCACAAUAUUCUAUCGUUUGUACUUCACUUCUAUGCGCACUCUACAUGUUACCCAUGAUGUUCAUCUAUGAAUUCAAUUCUACGCUACAAUUAUGUGUACAACUGUCAACUAUGCCAACAACAGUAUAUGCUUUUAGUCAAAUUGCGAUUUAUUAUAUUUUAGCACCAAUAAUCAUGAUGAUAUUCGGUGCUUUAACGAUAUUGAAUAUUCGACAACAGCUUAAACGAAUACAACCGAUAGCAGGCUCGAGUCAAAAUCGUCGAACGGAAAGUCAACUAGCGCGAAUGUUAAUCAUACAAAUUACUAUUCAUAUGGUUAUUUCAUUACCAUUCGGUAUCAUAUAUCUAAUAAAUACAUUUAUACCAUCAUCUCGAACACUGUUUAUCACCGGGAUUCGAUUAAUAUUUGUUGCAUGGCAGCAAUGUGAUUACUUUGUUCCAUUUUUCCUAUACACCCUUUCUGGUGGUGUUUAUCGAGAGAAACUUUUUCGAAUGCUCAAAAUCAAUUCUCGCGAAAAGAACGCCAUUAAUACGCUGACAAGAAAACCACCUGGUAUUACUCAGUAUGGUCAUUCUGAUCGUCGUAAAUCUACGUUACAAGUAGCAACAGCAAGACUCAAUACUGCUGUUGGAGAGUUCUAA